AUGACUAAGAACAAUUCAACCACGUUGAAGGCAAUUAGGGCAAGCAGACGAGUCCAAGGUCUGGAAGUUAGCCCCGAAAGAGGUACAGGUGCAUCAGGAGGGAACGAAGCGGGACCGUCUAACCCUGAACUGAAUCUCAUUUCAACCAACGAACAACAAGAAGAAGAUAACAAACACUCGGGAACAGAUGAAGAAACAGAAGGAUUAGAAGCCCAGUCAGAAAUCAAAGAGAAGCGUCAACCGGAUCCAGUACCACAAAACCGGAACUACUCCAACUUCAUCGGAAACGUGCCCAUCCCGUACCCAGCAGAGGCAAACCCUCUUUUCAACGCGACAAUCAGAGUCCCAAAAGGCAAAGAACGGGCAGAAACAUCCUCUUCCGAUAUAGACGACUUAGCAGGUGACUUUGUAGAUGAAGACUACAAAUCGGUAGGAGCCUCUGACGAUUCGGGAGUCGUAGACGGGGAAGAACACCAAGCGUCUUCUGCAUCUUUAGGAUCUUCAAACGGAGAAGACGAUCCAAACAGCUCUAGUUCAAGCUCGGAUUCCGACAGCGAAGAAAGCGAAGAAGUUUCAUCGUCAGAAAGCGGGUCAGAAGACUCAGAAAGAGAAGUGAAGAAAGGUAAGGGAAACACAAGUUUUAUUGGAUCACGAAACACCCAUACAACUCCACUUUCUACUUCUACACACUCCCUACCCCGCUCUAAAAAGAAAAGGCUCUUAAUAUCAUCCCAAAUUCCAAACCUUUAUCCAUCACUCCACAUUCCGAACUUUUGA